AUGAUUGCGACGACAAACUCAACAGAGGGAGGAACACAGACGGAAACAUAUGAAGUAUUCCUAUGUUCCCCCUCCUUGAUAGUUGGGUCACAGCAAAAAUCGAUCUCUUCCUCAGCAGUUAACAUUUUCCUCUCCAUCACAGCAUUUUUUGGGAAUUUUCUAAUCCUUGCUGCCCUUAACAAGGAAACUUCCCUUCAUCCACCGUCGAAACUCUUGUAUCGUUGUUUGGCAACAACUGAUCUGUUGGUUGGUCUUGUUAGCCAGCCUCUCACUGCUACUUACUGGAUGUCCUUGGUUUACGAACACUGGAGUCUUUGUCGAUACGCAAGGGACGCAGUCUUCAUAGCAAGCUUUGCAUUAUGUGGAGUGUCUUUGUUGACGCUGACGGCAAUUAGCGUGGACAGACUUCUCGCUUUGUUGUUAGGAAUAAGAUAUAGACAAAUAGUAACUUUAAAGCGCACAUGUAUCGUUACAGCUACUUUUUGGAUUUUAUCCGUCGCCGCUGGAUCAUUUUACAUUUCAUAUACUCGAAUAACCAUUUGGUCUUGUAUUAUAGUCAUACCGUCAUGCUCAGUGAUCUCAAUCGCCUCGUACACAAAGAUUUUUCGCACUCUUAGACAUCAUCAGGCUCAAGUACAAGAUCACGUUCAAAAACAGCCGAGCCAACCAAAUGCACUGAACAUGGCAAAAUACAGGAAGGCAGUGAGCAGUGCACUGUGGGUGCAGUUAGCAUUAGUUGUUUGUUAUGUACCAAAAUUUACAAUGCUGGUUGUGAUCACUAAUAGAAAAACAUAUUCUUCACAUAUAGUCUUUAUUGAUGGAAUUUCAAGUAUUUUUAUGUAUUUUAACUCCACUUUGAACCCGUUUCUUUACUGUUGGAAAGUUAGAGAAGUGAGACAAGCAGUAAAGCAGACAAUCCGACAUGCAUUUUACUUUCUAUGGACUUAGAUAUAUUUUCUCGGAGUCGCCGGACUUGUAUUAACAAGGCGUAAUUUAAAGGGAAAGAAGAAUGAAACAAACACGAUCUUUCAGCUUCUAUUGUGUUCUAGAUGCUUUAGUGUUUGCCUGUUUAUGCUGAUAAAUACCAAAUAAAAGCACAGUACCAUGGUUUAGUAAUGUAACCUCGUCGGCAAAAAGAAAAACUGAA